UAACCAACCAACCAAACCCUGAAGAACCCUAAGCUACAGCCCUGCUUUGCUUCGCCGUCGCGAUGUCGCCGGCGGACGGGGAGCUCGCCGGAGCUCGCGGGGAAGUGGUCGCGGAGAGGGUAUUCAUAGGCGCCGGAUGCAACCGCGUGGUGAACAACGUCUCGUGGGGCGCGUGCGGCCUCGUCGCCUUCGGCGCACAGAACGCCGUCGCCCUCUUCUCCCCCUCGAGAGGGGAGAUCGUGACGACGCUUCCUGGGCACAAGGCGGCGGUGAACUGCACUCUGUGGCUGCCGAGCAAGAAGGAUGUACUCCAAGUUCGCGGCAAGGAGACACACUAUCUAUUGUCCGGAAGUUCUGAUGGUGCUAUUAUGGCAUGGAAGAUUGGUUCUGGUAAAAGAGAGUGGUCUCAUGCUUUGCAAUUGCCAACGAUGCAUAAGAAAGGAGUGACCUGUCUUGCUGGAAGGAUGGUGUCGGAUACGGUUUCAAUUUUUGCUUCCACCUCCUCAGAUGGUAUGGUGGUUAUAUGGGAAAUGACAGUUGAGCCCACUGCAGGUGGCAGCUGCAAUGUGUCAUGUUUGCAUUCUCUUUCUGUUGGUUUAAAACCAAUGGUUUCACUUUCAUUAGCGGUGUUGACUGAACAGGGAGGCCGUCUGAUUUUAGCAAUGGGAGGUUUAGAUCAUAAGGUCCACAUUUAUUGUGGGGAUCUGUCAGGCAAGUUCAUUAAAGCCUGUGAGCUUAAGGGCCAUUCUGAUUGGAUUAGAAGUUUAGACUUUUCUCUACCAGUGAUGACUGGCAGCGGAAAGCAUAGCCUUUUUCUCGUAAGCUCGUCUCAGGACAAAACUAUUCGGAUAUGGAAGAUGACGUCAGAUGAUGUUUCUUCUGGCUCCACGCUUCAGUCAAGGAAGGAAAAUAUUGGGAUGGCUUCCUACAUUGAAGGUCCUCUAUUUGUGGUUGGUGAUACAAGUUGCCAAGUAUCGUUAGAGUCUCUUCUUGUUGGGCAUGAGGAUUGGGUAUAUUCUGUAGAGUGGCAGCCUCCUACGCUCUUGCUUGGUGAUGAAGCUCAUCAGCCUAUGAGCAUAUUAUCUGCAUCUAUGGACAAGAUGAUGAUGAUAUGGAGGCCAGAGAAAAAUACCGGUCUUUGGAUAAAUUCAGUGACUGUUGGUGAGUUAAGUCACUCGGCACUUGGAUUUUAUGGUGGCCAUUGGGAACCUGAUGGCAAAUCUAUUCUUGCACAUGGCUAUGGUGGAUUUUUUCAUAUGUGGAGGGAUGUUGGCCUGGAGUCCGAAAAUUGGCUGCCUCAGAUUGUCCCAUCUGGUCAUUUUGCACCAGUUUCUGACUUAACAUGGUCCAGAUCUGGCGAAUAUUUGCUAACAGUUAGUCAUGACCAGACGGCACGCAUAUUUGCUCCUUGGAGAAGUCAUGUCAACCCAGGAGAUGUGACCUGUUGGCGUGAAAUUGCUCGUCCACAAAUUCAUGGGCAUGAUAUUAACUGUGUGGCAUUCAUUCAAGGCACAGGGAACCACCGAUUUGUUUGUGGGGCUGAUGAAAAGGUCUCUAGAGUCUUUGAAGCUACUUUAUCGUUCCUGAGAACCCUUCAGGAAGCAACUUUGUUGAAACCCAACAAUGAGGAUUUUGAUGAUGUGCAAGUGCUUGGAGCAAAUAUGUCUGCUCUUGGGCUUUCACAGAAACCUAUAUACACACAUGGGGGAAAGGAAUCCCCGAGCAGUGCUUCCAAUGAUGGUCCUGAUUCCAUGGAGACGAUUCCUGAUGCUGUGCCAACUGUGUUUACUGAGCCUCCUGUGGAGGACCAACUAGCAUGGAAUACCUUAUGGCCUGAAUCUCACAAACUCUAUGGGCAUGGUAACGAACUAUUCUCCAUCUGCUGUGAUCAAGCAGGGAAGCUCGUUGCAUCAUCGUGCAAGGCUCAAUCAGCACCAGUUGCUGAGAUCUGGCUCUGGGAGGUUGGAACGUGGAAAGCCGUCGGCCGCUUGCAGUCUCACAAUCUGACAGUUACACAAAUGGAGUUUUCUUCUGACAAUGCUUUUCUUCUGAGUGUAUCAAGGGACCGUCACCUGUCUGUCUUUUCGAUUAAGAAAACUGAUGAAGGAGCACAGCAUCAUCUGGUUACGAAGCAUGAAGCACACAAAAGAAUUAUAUGGGCAUGCUCAUGGAACCCAUUUGGUUACGAAUUUGCUACUGGAUCAAGGGACAAGACUGUGAAGAUAUGGCGUGUUCAAGAUGCAUCUUCAGUCAAGCUGCUCAUAACAUUGCCACAGUUCUGUGACAGUGUCACAGCACUGGCCUGGACAGGCUGUGAUCGUGCUCGGAAUGCUGGUAUUAUUGCUGUCGGCAUGGAUAACGGACUAAUUGAGCUCUGGAGUAUUUCGGGGGGAAGAAGUGCUUCUGACAGUAGCUCAGAUCCAUCUCCACUCAGCGUCGCAUGUAUUCUUCGGUUUGAUCCUUUGUUGUGUCAUGUGUCAACCGUACACCGUUUGCGGUGGCAGAAACACGACUCUUCUGAUGAGAAAUCAGCACUUGAGCUGGCUUCAUGUGGAGCUGAUCACUGCGUAAGGGUGUUUGUGGUCCGUGAUGGUUGAGAUAUUCAUACUACCGAACAAUUCCAGCAUCAUGAGCAGCUGCAUCUAGUUUUUUGGCAGGACAUAGGGGUAGACGUCCAGAUUUUGUAGACAGACUAAAAGCCUUGAAGUUCUUGGUGCCUUUGGCAUCUUCCCAGAUGUGUUGUAAAACUAUUCCUGUCGGUGAGAAAAUAUUGCUAUAUCACAAAGCAUAUGCUGUUCAUAUUCAAUUGAGUGGUGUUGGCCUUUUUUUACUCCCAUUUUGUUAGAGGUCUCCAGCACUGGUACAUGUUGAAUACCUUGUGCAAAACUUUUGCUCCCUGUAUCAUCUCUGUCUGCAACAACUUUAUAAAUUCCA